AUGAUAUGCCGGGCCAUCAUCAUGGACUCUGCCAAAGCAGAUAUGGAUGAGGCGGCAGAACCAGUGAUCACUUCUUCGGCGGUUGCAAAUAGCCAACUGGCCACUUCACUUGCAAAGCUGAGCAAGCUUACUGGAUUCAGCCUCAUCAAGCUUUCAGGUAACUUAUUCAUUUAA